GGGGAGGGAGGGUAAAAACGUGGGAAAGAGUUGCAUGUGACUCUUUUUGAGAGCUGCAUGCCACGAAAUUUCAUUUUCACGGAUGCCGAUUAGGGUUAACGUUCAAAGUGACAAAAGUUGUUAUCUUGUGCUCUGUGUGAGAAACGGUAUCCCUGUGCUCUCUCCCCCUUCCCGGGUGCAUCUUGUGCUCUCUCUCUCUAAAGGAGCGUAAAUUGCCCUAGUCUGGAAGCACCUGCUUCCUCAGGAAGAGCAUGCGGUUUUUAUAUACUUUAAUCAGUCUAUUAUUAUGGGAUGGGCUUACCGCCAAGCCCGUGUUUUAAGUUUAAUUUUAAAAGGUAAAGGAUGCAGCAGAGGAAGAAAGAAAAUAAGUUUGAGGAGAAGCGAUUAAGGUUUUAAACUCUGCUUCAGUUUCAGCUCUUUUCAGGAAUAAAAUUGUGGAAAGCUGUGUCCAGAAGUAAUAAAACAAUAUGUGGGUGAAGUUCUUUAUUUCUGGGCAUACGAGUUCCCCCAACUUCCAAAAGGAUCUUUAAAUGCUUCCAUUGUACAUCUGUAAGAUUGAACAGGCUGGUGUCUUAAUAUUUAAGGUGCUAUAAGGCUCACUGUAGGUAGGUAGGCAGGCUCAAAAGAAAACUGCAGUCCUGCAAAGUAAAUGUACCACAUUUAAAAAAUUGUAUCUUUGUUGCCAGUCUGUGCCUGCAUUCUCCAAAGCCCAUUUCAAUAAGUUCACUGAGAUUUUAGUAAGCAAAUACAACUACACUGUCCUAAGCAUUUUCUUCCUGUUAUCUGGUGACAAUCCUAGUUUACUUUAGAUAACAUAGCAUUAGAGAGUCCUAAGUACCACUGGAGUCUGCAAGACUGUAUAGAUAGCUUACUCUCCUUGGAGAAGCUCCUUUUUCUACUAUAAUAUAAGUUUACAUGAAGAGCAUGCUAAAAGAGAAUAUGUUCCAAAGUAUUUUCAUUUUUAGAUGAUUGCAUCAUGAGAACUUCCAUUGAUAACAUCAAUGUUUUGAAAAGCAAAUUUAUUGCAUAUUGCUUAACAAAAUUGGUUGUAUGUCAAUAAAAUGUGGGCGUUGUAAAAAAAAAUUGUUGAUUGGCAUUGGGCAUGUUGACAUAAUGGGUUAAUCUGCAGCUCAAGGGAAGCAGAUUCAUUUUUGCAGUGCUUGACCAGGUCAGUACUUCCCAUUUGUUGUUUUCCUGGGAGUUAAGAUUUUGGAUCCCCAGGGAUAAGUAAAUGAAAAGAAACUUAUUUUUUCUUCAGCUCCAUUGUGUCCCUGUUUCACUUCCUAUGUAUGAGCUGUAGGGUGUUUGUGAGAAUACAGAGGACUUGAAAAGAUUGUAAGAGGACUUCCUUUCAUAAGCACUUGUUGGGGAGGGGGAUUGUUCAAAAUAUAAAGAUGGUGGACAUGAUUGAAGCACAACUCCUUGUUAAGUAAAUGCCAUGUUUGUGACAUGUUUUUAAAAUAGGCUAUCACUUGCAUGCUUGCAUCUGCUUUUUUGACACCUCAUUCCCUCAUGGAUACCUUUGAUAGCUUCCUGUUCUAUAUUGUAGAGCUGGUCUGGACAAAAGAGGGAGCUCAGAUUACAAAAGUUAACUUGCAUUAAACUUUGGCUUAAAAAAAAAUAGAUAAUGAAUUGCAGUUUAACUGUGGAUUGAUCCAGCAUCCAAGUCUAGUUGCAUAUAUCCAUUUAUUAUGUAGAUUAGCAGAUCACAUGAACAACUGAGAACUGUCAUUUAUCAAAAAUGGUAGAUAGCUUUGAGACCAUCUUAUUGCUUUCAAGCGCAUUUGUUAAAAUGGCAGCCAUUUAUUAUUUAAAAAACUGAAAUUAGCAGAAAUAUACUUUUUUACUUUUGAGGUUUGCCAUUUAUAAAUGAUAUUUACCUACAAAUUUUCAUUCUUGGUUCUACUAAAAAUGAAGGGGGAUGGAAACAGUGUACUUAAAAUAUAUAUCCCAAUAUUUCUAAUGAAUGGUGAAACAAGAAGUGGUAAUUUGUCACAGAGCCAGUUUGUCAGCAUAUGACCAGAAUAUGAACAAAGGCUGGUAUAGUGAAUGUGUUGGAUGAUAUAGUCAUUGUAUGCACGAUGUAAAUAAUGGCAUUGGUUAUGCUCACAUGAGACACUCCCAUAAUUAAAUAUACCAUAGUUUACGCAAGUCAGUUUUUUGGAUUUGUGUGACUCACUGAACCAUAAACUUUCAGGCAACAUGAAAUUGGCUACUUUAUGUUCACUAUAUCAUAAUAAGAACACUGUUUUUUGUGGGCUCUUUCUCAUGGGUUUCUAUCCUUUGGUUAGAAAUAAAUUAAUUGCUGGAUCACUAGCAAAUUAAUUUUUUGUUGGAACAAAUUAGCACAGCUAAAAUCACUUUGUUUUGACCAUGAGCUUCUAGUUAGCUUAAGAUGCUGGCUGUCAUAGAAAGGAAGCUGGAAUACAGUGUGAUACACAGUGAAGAUAGAUAAUCUGCCAAUAAGAUCAUAAGAAAGAAUUAGGAUAUUAGAUUAUUUGGUAUAAAGGAAGAAGCCAUUGAAAGCCCAAAAUGGGUUUCUUCCUUUAUAGCUUUUUGAUUAAUGCUUGAAGAGAAAAUUGCAACUCUGUUCAGAAUGUUCUGAUUACUUGAAUUGGUAAUGGUGUAGCUAGGAGAAUUUUUGGUUAGUAAUCUAGUAAUUAUAACUGAGUCUGUGCACAUACAGGGAACAUCCUGUUGUGGGCAGUUAAAAUAGCAUUAAACUGAUUCUGGAAAACUUAAAUCCUAGUUGUAUUUGAAGAUGGAUACUGUUAAUGAAACUGAGGAGACCUUGGUGCUCUCUGAGCUUGGUUUUUCUCAUGCAGUUACAUUAUCCAGCAAGGUAAUGUCUUCAAUUCUAGAAGAAAAUAGGGUUCUCUAUUUUUAUAUACAGUAAGUUGCCCUGUGAGUGUUGAUGGGGGGAUGUUUUUCCUUGGUAGGUGCCUGAUUGGGCUGUUUACUGCUUGUUUGUUUGUCUGAUAUUAAUCUAAGUGUGAAUCUUUGCUUGUUUGGGUAUAAUUGCUGGCCAGGAGGUAUUCUGGUCUUUGUUUCCUUUUUAGGUUUUUUUAUUGUCUCUCUUGAAUGGUAUGCAAAUAUUUAUGUGCCUGUUGAUUGGCUGAUUUGUGACUCCCAAGCUUUGCCAAGCAUUUUUUGGAUUUAGAAUAGAAUAGAAUAGAAUUUUUAUUGGCCAAGUGUGAUUGGACACACUUUGAAGGUAGAAGGUUUCUACUGUUGAUACUGUGUUGUCAAGUAUUGUGAGAGGUGGGAGUAUGGAAGGGUUUCUCCUAAAGUCUACUACCAUUUCUACGGUUUUGAGUGUGUUCAGUUCCAGAUUGUUUUGGUUGCACCAUAAGGCUAGUCGUUCGACCUCUUGUCUAUAUGCGGAUUCGUCAUUGUCUCGAAUGAGACCAAUCACUGUUGUGUCAUCUGCGAACUUCAGUAGCUUAACAGAUGGAUCGUUGGAGAUGCAGUCAUUGGUAUACAGAGAGAAGAGAAGUGGGGAGAGCACACAGCCUUGGGGGGCCCCUGUGCUAAUUGUACAGGUAUUUGAUGUGAUCUUGCUUAGCUUCACCUGCUGCUUCCUGUUUGUUAGGAAGCUUGUGAUCCACUUACAAGUCUGUUCCGGUACCUGUAGCUGGUUUAGCUUAGUUAGAAGAAUGUCUGGAAUGAUGGUAUUGAAUGCUGAACUAACUUGAUAUAGAUGCUCACAGAUUUCCAGUUGAUAUUAUGGUUAAAUCAGUCUAUGUAUUGUGAAAUUUAGGGGUUUUCAUCAUCUAUUCUGACAGUUAUAGUCUGCUAGUACUCUACCUUUUUGUCAUUUAAAAAAAUUCACUUUACAGUAUUACAUUUCAAAAAGAAAUAAAAUGCAAAAUAACAAAAAUGGAGGGGUUCGGAAGUAUGGAAAUCAAGGAGAAAAAUAAGCCAAAGGUUACUCAAAAAUGGAAAAAAGAAAUACAGAAAUAUUUCUGCUAUUCUUCUGCUUGUCUGUAUAGUAAUGUAACUGUUUCUUAAUAAAGAUAAUUGAACUUGCCUUUCAGGCCAGCUCUAUACUGGUUAUACUUGUUUUUUAAUUUCAUUAUUCAUGCCUUCCUAGAGAGAAACAUAACGUAAAUUUAACAAUCUGAAUUUCAUAUUUAAAGUAUUACGUGAUAUUCAAAUUCUCAGCAUCAACAUUUAGUAUGUGGAUUUCUUUAAAGCUUCAUGAUAAUCCAUUGUCGAAGGCAGUGUAUUUGGUAAAAUAAAUUUAGAUGGAGUUCUCUGAUGCUAAGCGUAACUUUAGUUGUUGCAAAGAUAGUGUACAAAUUUCAUUUAAGGAAUCCUCCCUGGAUAAUAAUGAUACAUAGCUUUAUUGUGCAGGAUAAAUUCUGAGUGUUGUUCUUUAAUGUGAGAAGGACUAUGCUUGAGGAGAACAUUGGGGUAUGAAAGAUAAAAUAACUCUUGUAUUGAGGAUUAUAUUUAUUUCAGUAGACUAUGAAAUAGUGAAACUUCAAAUAAUGUCUAUACAGUUUUCUCAUUUUUUUAAACAGCAGUUUAAUAAGGUCAGAAUGAGAGAAGGGCUGGCUUAAGAUCACCUAGCAAAUGUCACAGCUUUACAGAAAAAAAAUCAGAUUAUAGUCAGCAUAAUUAAACAUUUGGGGAAUUUUCCCCCCUAAAUAACUUGAAUUAUUGUACUCAAUAAUUCUAUAGUUCUCUUCUGUAGCUGCUUUCUGUUAAGCAGUCUGAAACUACAUUGAAACUCAUGUUCUUUUAUUUGUUUGGUAAAAUUCUUGGGAACUGGUAUUUAACCUGUCCCUUAGUAGGUUAACCUAGGGGCCCACGGCCUAUUCGGAAUCAAGCCGCGCAAGCGGUGGGUGCUUGUGCGGGAAGCUCCAUUUGCAUGAACGGCGUGUGCACCUGCCACUUGUGUAAAUGGAACUCCGCAAGUAUGCUUGCACAGAACCAUCCCCGCCCCCCCAAACUGGUCCACAAAGCCAGAAAGGUUGGAGACUUCUGGGUUAAACAACUCGGGAUGGUUUAUAGUCCCAAAAGGAAGUAUAUGUGAGGCAACCCAUAGAAAAAGAAGUGGAACCUCACUUGUUACCAGGUGAGCUGGUGCUUUGUGAAGCAAACAUGGUUUUGAAAUUUGUACAAGACGAUGGAUCAAAUCGUGGCACUUUUGGAAAACUUAUUUGCACAAACUUCAAGAUUUCAUUCCUUGGAGAAGAAUCCACUUUAGACGAAGAACCGCAGUUCAAAAAUAAAAUCUUGGAAGAAAAUGACAUAACCCUUCAAUGUGUAGAUCAACUUUAUGGAGUUUAUGAUGAGAAAAAGAAACCUUUAAGUGGUCAACUGAGAAAAUAUCCAGAAACAAUAAUAAUCUACUGCAAAGAUCUCAGAGUGUUUCACUUCUGUUUAAGAUAUACCAAGGAAGAAGAAGUUAAAAGGAUUGUCAGUGGCAUAGUUCAUCAAACACAGACCCCUAAGCUAUUUAAACGCUUGUUUCUGUUCUCUUAUGCAUCAGCUGCCCCAAAUGAUUUAGAGAAAGAGAAUCAAGUAGUAUGGUUUGAUUCUAUUAAAGACUGGCGUCAAGAAUUGGAACGGACCAAAGGAAAUCUAAAAUACAAAGCAGUGAGUGCUAAUGAAGAUUUCAAAGUCUCUAAAAAGUUGCCCGCCUAUUUUGUUGUUCCAAUGGCUAUUUCUGAAGAGAGCAUUUUGCAGUAUAAAGGAAAAGGAAUUCCAAUUUGGUGUUGGUCUUGCCAUAAUGGCGCUGCUGUCCUCAAGAUGUCAACUUUUGUCAAAGAACAAGAUGACAAUACUUCCCAACUGCAGAAACUAUUCUUGGAUGGAAUGUAUAAAACAAUUGAUAAGCCUCCGUAUGAAGCCCUGAAAACUGAAGACCUUUCAAGCAGCCUUCCAUCUUUGCAAGAAAUCCAAGUUGCAUAUACUAAAUUUAAACAGCUGUUUUUAAUAGAUAACAGUGCAGAAUUCUGGGAUACUGAUGUAAAAUGGUUUUCAAUGUUAGAAAGUACAAAUUGGCUAGAAAUCAUAAGGCGAUGUCUGAGAAAAACAAUAGAUAUUAUUGAAUUGCUUGAAGUACAGAGCACAAAUGUUCUUCUUCAAGAAGAGAAUGCAUCUGACCUCUGUUGUGUGAUCUCCUGCUUGGUUCAAAUUAUGAUGGAUUCAUACUGCAGAACAAAGCUGGGAUUUCAGAGCCUUAUUCAGAAAGAAUGGAUCAUGGGAGGACAUGCUUUCUUGGAUCGCUGUAACCAUCUGCGACAAAGCGAUAAAGAAGAGGCUCCAGUUUUCUUGCUCUUCCUGGACUGUAUUUGGCAACUAGUUCAGCAAUAUCAACCAGCGUUUGAAUUUACAGAAACGUACCUUACGGUUCUGUCUGACAGCCUUUACAUCCCCAUAUUUAGCACCUUCUUCUUCAAUUCUCAACACCAAAGAGAUACCACUACGUACGGAGGAAGUCUUGAUACAGAAGGCAGCAAACUUAAUUUUCUUUCAGUUUGGGAUUGGUCUGUGCAGUUUGAACACGAGGCUCAAGCUUUGCUUAACAACCCUCUUUAUGCAGAAAAGCCAAAACUAGAUAAAACUCCAAAAAAAGCUUCACGAUUCAAGCAUCAGAGGCAACUCUCUUUGCCCCUCACACAAGCAAAACCUCCUCCAAGAAGGGGAUUUUUUAAGGAAGAGACAGAUCAAUUAAUUAAAAACAUCUUGGGCAAAAGAAUCAGCAGGUUGAUAACUUCUUCUGAUGAACUUCAGAAUAGUUCCAGAGAAUUCUAUGACAGUUGGCACAGUAAACCUGUUGACCUUCACGGACUCCUCCUGCCAUGUCUAGAAGGACCAGAAAUCAAAGUAUGGGCGCAGAGAUAUUUACGAUGGAUUCCUGAAGCUCAGCUCCCUGGUGGAGGUGCAGUUGCCACUGCCACAAAAGUCUUAAAUGUAAUGGAAGAUGUACAGGGUUUGCAGAAGAAAAUAGAUGAAAGACAUCGUCAGGCUGAGUCUUGUGAAGAUACUGAAGCUUCUCCCUUUAUGAGAAAUCCUGCUCGUUUGUCAUCGUUAUUUCCCUUUGCUUUGCUUCAAAGACAUUCCCUUAAACCAGUUUUGCCUACCAGCAUUUGGAAAGACUUAGAAGGUGAAGAAGAUUUGGCCAGGAGAGAUGACGAGUAUGUUGAUCUAGGAGGUGGCGAUUAAUGUAAUGCUUCUUUUCAAUUAUAGAAUUGAACCAUAUUUCUGCUCAAUUACCGGAAUAAAAUUGGUUUCAGGGAGGCACAUAAUUUCCUUUGUAUUCUGGCUAAAGAUAAUUAGUGAAAUUUUAACACAGAAUGAUCUCCAACUUUGCUUGAGAACAUGGAUGUAUUUUCCAUAGACAUUGGGAAAAGGGAGGGUUACAACAGCCCCUUAUUCUUGAUUAGGUUCUUCUGCCACAGGAAGGAAGAUCACUUUUUUUAAUCAUCAGUGUGUUAAGAACCUGCUGAGACAGCAUGCAGGAUAGUACUACAGCAGGAGGAUUAAACAAAAAACGCACACACACACAC